UCCUGCUGCUGCUGCUGCUGCUCCUACUGCUCCUGCUGCUGCUGCUCCUGCCCGAUCAUUCCCCGUGGAGCCCUCUCGUCCUCCAGCCAUGUCGAGCCGCACGCUGCCCCUGCUCUUCAUCAACCUGGGCGGCGAGAUGCUCUACAUCCUGGACCAGAGGCUCCGGGCGCAGACCAUCCCCGUGGACAAAGCGCGCAAGGUCAUGAACGACAUCAUCAGCACCAUGUUCACGAAGCGCUUCAUGGAGGAGCUCCUCAAGCCCCAGCAGCUGUACUCAAAGAAAGCCCUACGCACCGUGUUUGACCGUCUCGCCCACGCCUCCAUCAUGAGGCUCAAUGCGGCGAGCAUGGACAAGCUCUACGACCUGAUGACGAUGGCGCUGAAGUACCAGGUGUUCUCGUGCGUGCACCCCCGCGACCUCCUCAUGGUCACGCUCAACCACGUGGACGCCGUGCGGGCCUUUGUGCGCGACUCCCCCGCCAUCCUCGCCAGCGUCGACGACACCUUCCGCCACCUCGUCGAGAUCUACAGUUGUCUAUCUGCCGGUGAGUUUCAGCUGAUCAGACAGACACUGCUCAGCUUCUUCCAGGACAUGCACAUCCGCGUGUCCAUUUUCCUGAAGGACAAAGUGCAGAGUUCUAACGGGCGCUUCGUCCUGCCAGUGUCAGGCCCGGUCCCUCUCGGAACGGAGAACCCCGGGACCAUCAGGUUGUUCGCCCCCAGCGGGGAGGUGCUGCGCUGCCUGGGGUUUCCGGCAGGCGGCGCCUACUCGCCCGCGCUGCGAGACGGCUCGUGCGAGAUCUACGGGGAGCGCGUCAUCACGCUGGGCACCAACAUGUACAGCACAACACGGAGUGUGGACACCGAUCUGGCCGGAGCCACCAAGGCGUGCUCCCCGCACGCCCAGGAGAGCUCCCUACCCAACCUCUUGGCCAAGGAGGAGCUGAAUCUUCUUGCUCAUCUCAUGGGUGGGAGCCUUGGGCCGCAGGCCUCCGGGAGUGAAUUUAAACUGCUGCUCUUCAACAGCGAGCGAGAGGAAGAAGAGGCGCUGACCCUCCGAUCGCACGACUCCCAUCACCGCGUCAUCAACAUCAACGCCGCCAAGUCGCAGCCCAAUCAAGAGCUGCAGAGGAUCAUGGGAGGCUUCUCCGACGAGGGGCACCCGGGGGAGGCCACGGGGGGGGAGGGCGCCAAGGGGGACGGCAGCCAAGAGCCCAGCAGCAAAGGCGAGGAGCUGCUGGCCAUGAUGGACGCGUUGUGAUCGCGUCUGUACGUGCGCUGUGCGUGUGGGGAGAGGGUAUUGGUGGCGGUUGGCGCGCUGCUCUGCGAACCCAGCGACCCGAGUUCUAUUCCCGCUCACGGCCAACACCAGUGACGGGGAUCUGAACCG